AAGAAAACAGGCAGAAGGAUCCAAGCAAGCUAACGUCGAUAUUUAACCGAAUCGAUCAAACCGACGUUAGCUAAACCGAAAAAUUCAACCUGAUUCGAAGUAACAACGUUGACACCUUAUGUUUUUGAUUUGGGAAUCCAACUGAACAAUGUCAACCCCAGCAAGACGGCGUCUGAUGAGAGAUUUUAAACGUCUCCAAGAGGAUCCUCCAGCUGGAGUUAGCGGAGCCCCGUCGGAAAACAACAUCAUGGUCUGGAACGCUGUCAUUUUUGGUCCUGAAGGAACACCAUUUGAAGAUGGAACUUUCAAACUCACAAUAGAAUUUACAGAAGAAUAUCCAAAUAAACCUCCUACAGUUCGGUUUGUUUCCAAAAUGUUUCACCCUAAUGUUUAUGCAGAUGGUAGUAUAUGUUUGGACAUUCUUCAGAAUCGCUGGAGUCCAACAUAUGAUGUUUCCUCAAUUUUAACCUCAAUACAGUCUUUACUGGAUGAGCCGAACCCAAACAGCCCUGCCAACAGCCAGGCAGCUCAGCUGUAUCAGGAAAACAAGAGGGAGUAUAAGAAACGUGUGUCUGCCAUUGUGGAACAGAGCUGGCGUGACUGUUGACCCUCCUCACAGUUCACAACGAUGAACAAUAGUCAGCUUUGGCCAAUAAGAAAGAAAAAAAACACCUUGCAAAGAAUAAAAUAAAAACAUGUCAUGUUUCAAAUCAUUCUCCACUUACUCAGUAGAGUUGUCUGUUAUGUAGCUGUUGAGAUUUAGAGUGCUGUUGUGUUGUAUCCCUCUUCAUGCAGAAUCUUAUCCUGGAUGAGGAUAAACCUUAAUUCAUCAAAAUAUUGGGUUUAUUUGGCCUGCCCUUUUACUGGAAUUUUGUCUUUUAUCAUCUUUUUGGUUUUAUUAGGAUUUUAUUUGGGUAUUAUUAAUAUGAUGUUGGUUAUAGUAUUCAGUAUGAGUCUUAUGAAAGUUUAAGUAUCCUUGUUUAAAUCCAGAUAUUUCUUUGGAAUAUGGCAUAUGCCACUUAAUGUAUUGGUCAAAGUUUAAAUUUAAACAGCCAAAGCCACAAAACAUGGUUGGUAUGCUGUCUUGAAUGGAACUUGUUUGAAAAACAUAUGGAGAGCCUAUAUAGCUGCGCUUGGGGAAACAUGACCUUCUAAUCCACAUGUUAUUGAAUACAAUGUACUAAAUGUAAGAAUUGGCCUUUUUAAUCAUGAACAAGUAGUUUAUGCUCUUUUCAUUUGUAAUUCAGUGCUCAACUGUACAAGGUUUUCCUAAAGACAUGUGUAGUGAUGCUGUGUGCUAGUUUGUCAGCCAUAAUUGUUUAAAGGUACACAGUGUCCCACAAACCCCAUUGCCAACAGCCCAGGACUCAGAACAUUACAAAUUGGCAGAGUUGAACUAGUGUGGAAAUUUUAUUUUUUGUAUCGAUUCUGUUACACGAUUUUCUUGGCUGUUUUCUUCAGUUCCAUUAAAGUGCAGUUUAUUUUUCAGCAUCACAUGGACAUGCUUUUAUGCAUUGUCCAUAUUAGCACAUUUAUAUUAGUCUUAUUUACCACAAAACUCAAGAUUGUAAAAUUUGCACUAGUAACCCAUGUAAGAAACUGUACAUUUUGUCACUUGUAAAUAAAAGGUAAAAUAAAGUCUACCGUGUUAUCUUCUUGAACAA